AUGAAGUUGCUGACAGUCCAUUGUAGACAACCAGAAUGGCGUACGAUGAUAAAAGCAAGAGAAACAUGGAAUCUACGCCGGCCACGACGGACGACGUACGACAAGGAUCGUCUUCAGGCGAACGUUGAGCAGCGACGUCGACGCUGCGAUGAUGGCGCCGCCGCUGUCGUCGUCGUCGUGCCAGCAGCAACGCAGCGGCGAUCAAUUCGUCGUCGCGCAGCGCGGCGAUGGCGUGGCGACCGCGUCGCGCGACGACUGCGUCGCGACGCACCCACUGCGCACUCCGACACCACCGCACUGCCUCGCCGCUGCGUCGCCGAUCUGCGCGCUCCGCGGCCGCUGCAGUGCGUCGCCGCGUCGAGUCGCCCGCGAUCAGUGCACUUUCCGCCGCCGCCACCGCCACCGCCUCCCACCUCGCCGGCGCGUCCGUCGUCGUGA